GUCAGUCAAAGAAAAGCAUUGGUUCGAAAAUUCUCACAAUCGGCGUCGAAUUUUGGGCCGGCUAAUAGUUUAGAGAAAAAGUUAAUAAAAAUCCCCUACUUCUUGGGAGUCAAAAUGAAGUACUUUAUCCUUUGGACUAUUGGAGUUCUGCUCCUGGCAGGAUGGAGCUCUGCACAGGAGGCGAGCGCCACCGUGGAGGAGGUGACCGUGGACGCAGACCUUGGAGCCUCGCGCGAGGGAUCUCGCACUGACGCGGAGGCGGUGUCGCGCGAGGAGGAGGCCAUCUCGCCGGACUCGCUGUCGGUGGCGCAGCUGCGGGACCUGGCGGCGCGCGCCGGCAACCAGACCUUCCAGACCGAGGUCAACCGCAUGAUGAAGCUCAUCAUCAACUCGCUGUACCGGAACAAGGAGAUCUUCCUCCGCGAGCUGAUCUCGAACGCGUCGGACGCGCUGGACAAGAUCCGGCUGCUGGCGCUCACGUCGCGCGACGCGCUGGCCGACCAGCCCGACCUGCACAUACGGAUCAAGGCGGACCCGGAGCGGCGGCUGCUGCACAUCAUCGACACGGGCGUGGGCAUGACGCGCGACGAGCUGGUCAACAACCUCGGCACCAUCGCCAAGUCCGGCACCGCAGACUUCCUCGCACACAUGCAGGACUCCGACAAACAGGGCUCGGGCGACAUGAACGACAUGAUCGGUCAGUUCGGCGUGGGCUUCUACUCGGCGUUCCUGGUGGCGGACGCGGUGACGGUGGCGAGCCGCGCGGCCGGCGGGAGGCAGCACGUGUGGCACAGCGACGCCAGCGCCUUCAGCGUGGCCGAGGACCCGCGCGGGGACACGCUGGGCCGGGGCACGCACAUCACUCUGCACAUGAAGGAAGAGGCCAGCGACUUCCUGCAGGCGGACACGAUCCGCGCGCUCGUGAAGAAGUACUCGCAGUUCAUCAACUUCCCCAUCGCGCUGUGGGCGCCGCGCACCGUCUCUGAGCCCGCUGAUGAUGAUGACGAGACUCCCGCCGCCGCCGACGAGGCUGGUGAUGAUGAUGAUGACGCACAGGUGGAAGAGGCGAAGGAGGAGACCCCCCGCGAGAAGAAGAUGGUGGAGAAGACGAUCUGGGAGUGGCAGGUGAUGAACGACAACAAGCCGCUGUGGACGCGCAAGCCGGCCGACGUGUCCGACGAAGAAUACUCGCAGUUCUACAAGGCGCUCACCAAGGACACCGCGCCGCCGCUCGCCAAGGCGCACUUCGUGGCGGAGGGCGAGGUGACGUUCCGCGCGGUGCUGUUCGUGCCGCGCGCGCAGCCCGCCGACUCCUUCAACCGCUACGGCUCGCACACGGACCACAUCAAGCUGUACGUGAGGCGGGUCUUCAUCACCGACGAGUUCAACGACCUCAUGCCCAACUACCUCGCCUUCAUACAGGGCAUCGUGGACUCGGACGACCUGCCGCUGAACGUGUCGCGCGAGACGCUGCAGCAGCACAAGCUCAUCAAGAUCAUCAAGAAGAAGCUCGUGCGCAAGGCGCUGGACAUGCUGCGGAAGAUCCCCGAUGACGAGUACAUGCACUUCUGGAAGGAGUACUCCACCAACAUCAAGCUGGGCGUGAUGGAGGACCCCAGCAACCGCUCGCGGCUGGCCAAGCUGCUGCGCUUCCACUCCUCCCGCGCCGAGACCAUGACCUCGCUCGACCAGUACGUGGAGCGCAUGCCGCCCGCGCAGGACCACAUCUACUACAUCGCCGGCUCCAGCCGCGCCGAGGUGGAGAAGUCCCCGUUCCUGGAGCGGCUGGUGCUGGCGGGGCGCGAGGUGCUGUUCCUCACGGAGCCCGUGGACGAGUACUGUCUGUCCUCGCUGCCCGAGUACGACGGCAAGAAGUUCCAGAACAUCGCCAAGGAGAUCUUCAACUUCGACGAGAGUGAGAGCGCGAAGGCGCAGCACGAGAGCUACAAGGAGCAAUACGCCCCGCUCACAGACUACCUCAGCUCCACACUCGGUGACCUCGUGACGAAGGCGGUGGUGUCGCGGCGGCUGGCGCGCUCGCCCGCGGCGCUCGUGGCGACGGUGUUCGGCUGGACCGGCAACAUGGAGCGCCUCGCCAUGAGCAACGCGCACCAGAAGCAAGACGACGCGCAGCGCAAACACCACCUGUCGCAGAAGAAGCAGCUGGAGAUCAACCCGCGGCACCCGCUGGUGGCGGAGCUGCUGCGGCUCGUGAAGCAGGACCCCAGCGACCCGCCCGCCGCCGCGCGCGCCGCCGCCACCACGCUCUACAGGACCGCCGCGCUACGGUCGGGCUACAUGCUGCAGGAGGGGCAGGCGGUGCAGUUCGCGGAGGAGGUGGAGCGCAUGCUGCAGCGAACACUCGGCCUGCCCGAGGACGCCGCGGCCGACCUGGCCGACCUCAGUGACGAGGCCGAGGGGGGGGAGGAGGAGGGGGAGGGGGAGGAGGAGGCCGCGCCCGAGCACGAGGAGCUGUAGGCGGGGCACCGAGCAGCGGCCGGGCUCCCGACACUCAACGAUAAUUAUACAUACUUUGUAAAAUAUACUGAGACCAAUUUGAGACGUUUGAUUUACAGAUGCUUAGUGAAUAAACGUUCGUUUUCUCUUAAGAACUAGAUAAAAUUUAUGGAUACCUGUCAUAGUGGUCUCAUGGUAUAUUUUACAAGGUAUAGUACAAGUUGUAUGAAAAUCCUGGGACCGCCCGUGUAGCCACAUAAUUAUUUAUGAAAUGAAAGUAGCAACGGAUAAUUCGCAUAUCGGUCGACUUGAAACUGUAUCUCUAUUUGAGUCUUCAGCGAGCGUUCAAGAUGUCGCAAGACGUUUCUCGACAUGUUCUAACUGAAGAUAGUUAAAAAUAAAAUUAGAGUAUUUCGUUGCUAGUAGCAGUCGCCGGACGUUGCCAUUCCAUUCGGAGAUUACAUGUGUGUGUGUCUGUGUUCAGUGUGUGUAGGGCCACACAUGUAAACAAUCUUAAUGUUACUUUUAAUUCAAUGCACUUGUUGCAGAUAAUUACUUAAUUUUUACAAACAAAAAUGUAUUCCUUAUUGCAGAUAAUCGAUGUAUUUUGUUGUAAAGCUACAUUGUGAUGGUUUACGUCUAUUACAGAGUAGUAUGAGCCCUACACUGUAUGUGUGUGAAGUAUUACAAAGACUGUGCAUUUUUAUAUGGGAGUGUCCCGUCACAAGAUUGUUUUAGUGUAAAUAAAUUAUGUUUAUUAA